AUGCGCCCCCCAACAACCCCUUUAGCCGGCGCCGCCGUCUUACUUCUUGCCGGUAGCAUUCCCUCAACAAUCACAGCCGCUGUCGCCGCCGCCGCCGCCGCCGCCGCACCAAAACUAUCUACAGAAGCCGCAGAAGUAAUGAACUGCAAGGAGAUUGUGGUGGACGGACACAAGUACAACUUUGGCGAGCUGGGCGGGCCACACACCGUGGUAACGAACGAGUACGACCCGCCGGCUUACUACAACUAUACGUACACGUUGGAUAUCUGUGCGCCGCUGAAGAGGAAGGGGGAUGUGAAGAAGGAGGAACAGUGUGCGGGGGAUCUAGAGUCCACCUUCGAAACAGCCACCACCCUCGCCGGCGGCUCCUCCCUGCACUACGAAACCAGCAAGCUCGACUCAUCGUCCGACCACAAAGACGGGGGCGUGAAGCUCACCUUCACGGGGUACAAGCACCAGUCGCGACAGCAAAAGGUGGUGAUCAACUUCGUCUGCAAUAAGACGCUUACCGGAACAGAAGGCGAGAUCGAAGGUGAAGACCAAUACGAGAAACCCAAGCUUCUAUCCACAAGAGACGAUGAGAAAAAAGAAGAGGGAGACGAUGGAUACCCCGAGACGCAAAAGAAAGUAGAGGGCGAUAAGGCACAGGCGCUGUUGUGGAAUGGGUAUAAGCAUGUUAGCGAGGAUGUGGAUUUGUUGGAGUUGACGUGGUAUACCAAGUUUGCUUGCUUGGAUGCUACUGGUGACAAGCCGAAGGAUGGAGACGAUAAGGAUAAGCCCAAGGAUGGUGACAAGCCAAAGGAUGGAGACAAGGACGGCGGCGAUAAGCCCAAGGACGGCGAUAAGGAUAAGGACGGCGGUGGCAACAAGGGUGGAAAUGGAGAGGAGGAUAUCAAUAAGAGCUGGGGAUUCUUUACUUGGUUGGUUGUUCUCCUCUUCCUAGCCAUAGCCGCCUACCUCAUCUUCGGCUCCUGGCUCAACUACAACCGAUACGGCGCGCGUGGUUGGGACCUCUUGCCGCAUGGCGACACCAUCCGCGACAUCCCUUACCUGCUCAAGGACUGGACGAGACGGGUGUUGAAUACCGUGCAGAGCAGUGGGAGUCGGGGAGGGUAUUCGGCUGUUUAG